AUUCGGAUCUGCAAACUAAAACACUGAAGUCCUCUGAUCGGAGUGAGGGUUUAUCUCAAUGUCAAUUCAUUUGGUCUCUCGAUUCCUCCUCACAUCUUCAAUCCGACACAAAAACCCUAAAUUUUCUUUCACAACACUUGCAGUUGACAAAUACUGGAUACAUUUGGAAGAAAACAAUGAUCCAAACAUCGAAAAAACCCUAACAAGAGUCGGUGCCAAAUUAGACACUUCAUGCGUAAAGGAGGUAAUCAAAAGAUGCAGUUCAACUUCCACCAAUCAGUCUCACAUAUCCGGUCUAAGAUUCUUCAUAUGGGCUGGUACUCAACGUGAGUAUAAGCACACUUCAUAUAUGUAUAACAUUGCUUGUAAAUUAUUCAGAAUUAACCAAAACCCUAAUGUGAUUAGGGAUGUUAUUGAGGCUUAUGGUUUUGAUAACUGUGUAUUGAAUGUUAAAAGUUUCAAGAUAGUUUUGAAUUUAUGUAAGGAAGCUAGGCUUGCAGAUGAGGCUUUAUGGGUGUUAAAGAAAAUGAAUGAGUUUAAGUGUAGACCGGAUACGAUUGCUUACAAUGCGGUGAUUAGGUUGUAUUGUGAAACGGGUCGAAUGGAUGAGGCUUUAGGGUUAAUGGAGGAGAUGAGUUUGGUUAAUCUUUAUCCUGAUAUGGUGACAUUUGUUUCGAUGGUUAAAGGGUUUUGUGAUUUGGGUAGGAUAGAAGAUGCUAGUAGGUUGUUUAAGGUUGUAAGCCAGCAAGGAUGUUCGCCGAAUGUCGUUGCGUAUUCGGUACUUCUCGAUGGGGUUUGUAGAGUUGGGAAUUUGGAAAAAGGGUUGGACUUGUUGCAAGAGAUGGAAAACCAAGGUGGAGUUUGUGCGCCGACGGUUGUUACGUAUACAACUAUGAUCCGUCAUUUCUGUGAAAAGGGUAGGUCAAUGGAAGCGUUGACCGUUUUGGAUCGGAUGGAGGCUUGCGGUUGUGCGCCGAAUAGGGUCACAAUCAGUACGUUAAUCAAUGGUCUUUGCCAAGAGGAUCAAGUGGAAGAAGCGUAUAAAGUAAUCGAUAGAUUGGUUGCCGUAGGGAGUGUUUCGAAAAGUGAAUGUUAUAGCUCACUUGUGGUGACAUUAUUAAGGGUUAAUAAGUUUGAAGAGGGUGAAAAAGUAUUUAGGAGGAUGUUGAUUAGUGAUUUGAAGCCGGACGGGGUGGCUUGUAGUGAGUUGUUAAAGAGGUUGUGUUUAAAGGAAAAACGAGUGCUCGAUGCUUUUGUGUUGUAUAAUGAAAUUGCGAAAUUAGAGUUUGCGACUUCUAUUGAUUCGGAGAUUUAUUCUAUGAUGAUGAAUGGACUUUGUACCGGAAGCCAUUUGUUGGAAGCUUCAAAGCUUGCUAAGAUGAUGGUUCAGAAACGCGUCCAACUUAAAGCUCCUUACGUUCAAAAUGUAGUUGAGUAUUUAACGAAUGCUGGAGAAACGGAACUAGUUUCUCAUAUAUACAAGGCCAAUGAUGGUUGAGUAACUUUGAUGCUUCUUGACUCGUGUUUGAUUGUGUUCUUCAAGAUAUUAAGCUCUUCUCCAUGUCGGAUUCCAUGUUUCGCUUUAAGAGAAACAAAUUUUGUUUUGAAGUUGAAAUGAACGAUAAAUGGCAUGGUGACACGCAGCAGAAUUGUUGUGUGCUGUCUUCAACAGAAAUCAUCUCUAGCUAAGAAGUUAAAACCUUCUAUUUGGAAAGUAGUGAUUUUGCAUACUGUGUUGACGACUGCCGAUAUGUGUGUGUACAAGAAACAUAGAUGAAGGAUGAUUUUAAUGUGCUAGUCCAAUUCCGAGACACUAGCUUUAUAAGAAAAACGUUAGAUAUCCUGUCUUACUGUCUUAGCAUAUGUUUCGAUGUGUUUUUUGUGUGAUUUAUCUGGCUUUAAGGUUCUUGUCA